AGAAUGUGGUGACGGAGCAGCGCGCGGUGCCAUGGCGUUUAAUUUGGGUGGUGGGACAUCAGGAACCACUGGAUUUUCUUUUGGCUCAUUUGGUGCCAAAACAACAGCAACGACAGGUUUUGGAUUUGGAACUACUGCCACAACAGCUGCCUCAGGAUUUGGAGGUUUUGCUCCAUUUGGAACCACUACUACCACCACAAGUGCGCAGACAACAGGAUUUCCAUUUGGAGCGUCAACAGGUUUUGGUGGGCUUGGAGCUACAAAUACUACAGCCAGUGGCUUUAAUUUUGGGGGUUUCGGACUAAACGCUAACACUGCAGUUGGCUUAAAUAUCGGAAGUUUUGGUGCAGCUACAACUACAGCUUUUGGUUUUGGCAGUAGUGGCUUGGCUGGCACAGGUGGUUUUGGAGGGUUUGGCACAACUACGACAGCUGCUCCUGCUUUCAGUUUCUCAACACCUGCCAAUUCUGGGGUAACAGGCCUUUUCCAGAAUACACAGAAUAAGGGGUUUGGAUUUGGUGGUGGAUUUGGCACAGGUACAAGCACAGGUCUGGCACCUGGUUUGGUGGCUGGCUCCACGCUUGGAGGAUUUGGUAGUUUUGGCACUCAACAGCAAACUGGAGGCCUUUUGGGGCAGACAUUGCAGCCUCAAGCCCAGACAGUUCAAUUGAUCAACACGGCCAGUGCCCUUUCUGCACCCAUUCUGCUGGGGGAUGAACGUGAUGCUAUAUUGGCCAGGUGGAACCAACUUCAGGCCUUCUGGGGCACAGGAAAAGGCUACUUUCACAAUAACUUGGCUCCUGUUGAGUUCACGCAAGAAAAUCAUUUUUGUCGAUUUAAGACUGUUGGUUUCAGCUGCAUACCUAGUAACAAGGAUGAGGAUGGUCUGGUAGCUUUGGCUUUUAACAAGAAAGAAGCAGACAUUCGAAACCAGCAACAGUUGGUUGUAGAAACUUUACACAAGAUUCUUGGAGGAUUACAACAAAUCAUGGUCAAUGUUGAAGGAAUCCGAGCUCUGCCAGAUGACCAGACAGAAAUGGUGAUCUAUGUUGUUGAACGCUUUCCAAAUGGAAACUCCAGAAGAGUCUCAGCAACCAACCUUUUCAAUUCACUGGAACAGACUAAUAUGAAGAAUCAGCUGAUGCAGUUAGGUGUGGUUGUUGCCCUGCCUAGGACUGAACUUUCUCCAACCCAGAUAAAACAACUGCUGCAGAACCCUCCCACUGGUGUUGAUCCAAUAAUUUGGGAACAGGCUAAAGUUGACAAUCCUGAUCCUGAAAAGCUGAUCCCAGUGCCCAUGGUGGGUUUUAAGGAAUUGCUGAGGAGGCUUAAGUUCCAGGAACAAAUGACAAAACAACAUCAAAGCAGACUGGAUAUUAUAUCUGAGGAUGUAAAUGAACUGCAGAAAAACCAGGCCACAACUGUAGCGAAAAUUGCUCAGUACAAGAGAAAACUAAUGGACCAAGCUCAUAAAGUUUUACAGGUUUUAAUUAAACAGGAAAUCCAGAGGAAAGCUGGUUAUGCUAUUCAGGCAGAGGAAGAGCAGCUUCGUGUACAGUUAGAUACUAUACAAUGUGAACUAAAUGCACCAACCCAGUUUAAGGGUCGUCUAAAUGAAUUAAUGUCUCAGAUAAGGAUGCAGAAUCAUGUUGGAGCUGUCAGAUCAGAGGAGAGAUAUAGUGUGGAUGUCGAUCUCCUGGGAGAAAUCAAGCAGCACCUGAAAUUACAGCAGGAAGGAUUGAGUCAUUUAAUCAGUGUUCUGAAAGAAGAUUUGGAAGAUGUGAAGCUAGUUGAGCAUGGGCUUAGUGAGAGUGUUCAUAUUCGACGUGAUCUUCUCAGUUGAUGUAAUACCUUGUGGUUCAAGAUACCUUUCUCCCUGUCCAAGUAUUUGAAUAAUCCUACCUCCAUCUCCAUUUUUGUAAACCAGAAAUCUGAUGAAAGAGCAGGGGGAGAAAAAACUCUUGUUCUUCAUCUAAUGUUGCAGCCAUGUUCCAGCUUCGGGAAUUCUGUUGUUUACUGUAAGGUGUGUUGUUAUCCUAGUGAGCAACUGGAUACAAAUCUUUGCAAUAGAAAUUAGUAACUGACUAUGUAAAGCAUGUUUAAAACUAUACCCUAUAAAUGACUGUUUGCAGUAACGAGAGAUGAACUCUGCAGUCUUUGUUUUAAGGCAGGCUUUACCCCAGUUAUUUUAAAUGGAUUGGACAUUAUCUACUAAUUCCGCGAAUAGUAAUUUCUUACUUCAUUCGUUACAAUUUUGAGUGUAAAAUCACAAUGAAUUUCCUGUUGAAUGCAAUACAUUGAGGCAGUUUUUAAAAAUAUUGCUUUAGUACCAGACUUGCAUUUAACAGGAAUAGCUGUCAGUACUGACUAAGUCAGGAACAAAUUGGGAAUUGUUUAUAUAUUUUUUAAAUGCGUAGCUGCUCUGAAUAAGUUUGAAUAGCUUUUGAAAACUUGACCUUGAUUUGCCAUGAAUGAGAAAAAUUUGAAAUAUUCUUUAUUGGAUGUAAAUAAAAGCUUUGAAAACUGGAAUGUUAACAAAUAUGGUUAAACAUGCCAGAGAAUCACAUGCUGGAUAUAUAGUAUAAUCCCAGUUUAUUGUUUUAAAGUAUACAAGCUUAUUUAUGUUAUCAGAAGGAACCUUGACCAUUGGGUUUGCUUUUGGAAGAAUUGACUAUUUUCCAAACAUACUUGUUAUGAUAUUUCUCAUCUUAAUGCAUGUAGGCCCUUUUUCAGUUCAACACAUAAUUUAGUGUCAGUCAGCUUUACAAAUCAUUUUCCUGUGUGAUUUGCACCCAGUAAUGGUCGCUGAAACAUACUUUGAAAUGGAGUGAUAAUUGUGAACUAUAAGUCAGUCAAGGAUCUCAAAUCAAGAAUUGCAUUUAAUCUGUUAAAUGUUUGAAAUAAUUAUGCAAAGAGGAAGUUGAUUAUAAAUAAACAAGUUGCUUUAAUAACCUUCUGCUUCAGAUUCUAAUUUUAAUUUCAUAAUCCAGAUGCAGUUUUAUUAUUUUAAAUGUAAAUUUUCCCUAGUGCCAGCCUGUUUCAUUUCUCUUGGCUGACUGGGUUAGUCCAAGCUAGGAAAUUCUGACUGACACUUGUCAGGUGAUUUACUCCAAUUUAUCUUGGUAACAUGGUCAGUCAGAUUUAUUGUUAAAUGCACAAGUGUACAUUCAGUGACCAGUUUAUUAAGUACCUCCUGUACCAAAUAAAGUGGCAACUGAGUAUAUAUUCGUGGUCUUCUGCUGCUGUAGCCCAUCCACUUCGAGUUUUGAUGUGUUGUGCAUUCAGAGAUGCUCUUCUGCAAACCAGUGUGGUUAUUUGAGAUACUGUCAGCUUGAACCAGUUUGGCCAUUCUCCUCUGACCUUUCUCAUUCACAAGGCAUUUUUACCCACAGAACUGCCACUUACUGAAUUGUUUUCUUUUCGCACCAUUCUCUGUAAACCCUAGAGACUGUUGUGGUUGAAAAUACCUGGAGAUGAGCUGAUUCUGAGAUACUCAAAUCACCCCAUCUGGCACCAGCAAGCAUCUCAUGGUCAAAGUAGCUUCGAUCGCAUUUCUUCCCCAUUCUGAUAUUUGGUCUGAACAACAACUGAACCUCUUGACCAUGUCUGUAUGCUUCUAUGUGUUGAGUUGCUGCCACAUGAUUGGCUGAUAUUUGCAUUAACGACCAGGUGUACCUAAUAAAGUGACCAUUGAAUUUAUGUAUUGAUGCAAUGAGAAAUGUACUAGUAGCAUAAAGUAUACAUGAAACACCACAACU